GGCUGCUUGCCGCGGUGACGUCACCGUGAACACGUGGGUUUGUUAUUACAGGAAGUGAAGAUGGCGGAUCAGUCGCUGCUCUCCGAGUCUGUCCUCGGCUGGUCUAUUUUCACCUUUAUACUCUUGGCAAUCCUGGCAUUCUGUUGGGUCUACAUUCGGAAAUUUCAAAGUCGUCAGGAGAGUGAGGUUGUUUCAACUAUCACAGCAAUAUGUGCUCUGGCCAUUGCUUUGAUAACCUCUGCACUUCUACCAGUGGAUAUAUUCCUGGUCUCAUUCAUGAAGUAUCCCAAUGGUACCUAUAAGGACUGGGCAGCAAACAAUGAGACGAGAGGGCAGAUUGAAGACACUGUUCUGUAUGGAUAUUACACGCUUUACUCCAUCAUCCUAUUCUGUGUCUUCCUCUGGAUCCCCUUUGUUUAUUUCUACUAUGAAGAAAGGGACGACGACAACGGGAGCAAAUGCUCGCAAGUGAAAAACGCUCUGAAGUACACAAUUGGAUUUGUCAUUGUCUGCGUGGUGCUCCUCUUAAUUGGAGCCUUCGUUCCACUUGAUCCCCCACCUGGUCAGAAUUCAACCCAAUGGGAGAAAGUACAAUACCUUUUUGAAGAACUUGGGAGUAGUCAUGGUCUACCUGCUCUGUCUUUCUCCAUCAGCUCCUUGACCUUGAUUGGCAUGUUGGCAGUGAUCACUUACACGGCAUACGGUAUGUCUGUGCUGCCUUUGAAUCUGAUAAAAGGCACACGGAGUGUGGUGUACGAACGCCUGGAGAACACAGAGGACAUUGAUGAUGUUGAGCAUCAGAUAGAAAAGCUGAAAUCCAAGUGUAAAGAUGGACGUCCCCUCUCUUCGAGGGACAGAAACAACCUGCAGGAGCUGGAGGGCAAACUGCAGAUCCUGCAGCGCAGGAGCAGACACCUGGAAAUUGCAGAGAGGAACUGCUGCACUAAAGUGGGCAGUGCUCUCAGACCUCUCAAGAUAUUGCUGGGCAUUUUCUUCAUCCUGGUUGCACUGCUGUUCACUGUUGCCCUGUUCAUUUCAAAUUUGGAUAAAGCUCUCCACUCUGCUGGCAUCAGCUCUGGGUUCAUCAUCUUUGGCACCAACCUAACCAAUCCUCUGAAUGAACUUCUAUUAGCCUUACAACCCGUGUUUCCACUGGAUUACAUCCUGAUCACCGUCAUCACCAUGUACUUUGUAGUCACCUCCAUGGCUGGCAUCCGCCACAUGGGCAUCUGGUUCUUCUGGAUAAGGCUUUACAAAAUCCGACCUAAGAGAACUCGCCCCCAGGCUCUUCUCUUCCUCUGUAUGAUCCUCCUCCUGAUUGUCCUUCACACCAGCUACAUGAUCUACAGCCUGGCCCCGCAGUAUGUCAUGUACGGCAGCCAGAAAUAUCUUGUACAGAGUCAGAUGCCCUCAGCAGGUCCUACAUCUGGGAACGCUACUUUUGGCACCACAAGGAUCUGUGAUGCCGAUGCGCCUGAGGACGAGUGCACCGUGACCAGAUCCUAUCUUUUCCUCCACAAGUUCUGGUUCUUCAGCACCAUCUACUACUUUGGUAACUGGGCCUUUAUCGGGGCUUUCCUCAUUGGCCUGGUGGUGUCCUGCUGCAGAGGGAAGAAGUCUGUGAUUGAAGGAGAAGUGGAGGCCGAUGACUCAGACUUAAGUGAUGAUGAAUAUGUGCACUGAGAAUCAGUAUUCACACGGACGGGGGUUUGUAGAUAUUCCCAGCAUCACUUAAAGGGACUAGAAAGUACAAUUUCAUAAACAAAUAAAUGGAUGUCAUAGUUUAAUUUAUUGUUUUUAAGGAGUUAUUGCGGUGUUGUCUUGUGGAGUUGACGUAUCCCUCCCCUUAAUGAGACCGCUGAGACUGAUUGUUGUGUCUUUCUCAGUCUAUAUUAUUGAUGACUUUGGGAUUCUGGGAGUGUCCUCCAACUCAAAUCCCACCUUGAGAAUUCACUUAUCAACAGACACUGACACAAAUUGGUCAUUUUUUUUUAUUGCGGCAGCAGAGACAGUCGUACACUUCUCCAAAACUUUAUCUCUAAGCUUCAAGUUGGAGCUCGGACAUACUUUGUACAUUCUCGAAGCACUUUCUAGUCCCUUUAAAUGGUUACUUUAGGACAAUAUCUAUAGUUGGCUCUAAUAUACCCUUUGCAUCAACAUUUUGAGCCUCCACAAACUGUUCUGCUUGCUUGUUUUUCUGAAAAGCUAAUUGGUAUAAAAUAAUGAUUCUAAGUGUUGACAGCAGUAACAUUUUCAAAAUGUGUUUUGCUCGUUUUUUGUCUGAGGUUAAAUACAGUGCUAGAGAGUUUGCUGCUUUUUCCCUACACUUAGUCAUUUGCAGUCUCAGACCAUUAUUUAAGUAAACGUUACUGUUCUUGCAUACCUGCACUGUGUGAAAUGUAAAGGACCAAUUGGGGCUGUUGUGUUUCCAAGGUUUCAGUUAUUCUUGGUUUUUAAUGAUAUGGUUUUCAACAGAUUUUUGCUGUCUUUGUUGUAAGAACAUGGUACAAAUAGGGACAAAUUAAUGAAUCGAAUAUGGAUGUAAUUUUAUUUUAAUUAAGGGGUACUUCUUUUUUUGCUCUAGAGUUUAUAAACACCAGGCUUGUGACAUAGAUCUGGUUUAUUUUCAGCUAUGUUUAUUAUCUUUACAGUGUAUUUAGCAGUUUCAAAAUGAAUACAAACCGAUCAUUUAAUCAACAAACUGACAGAUAAUAUUAUUAUGAAUGACAUGUUUUUAAUUUGGAAACCAAAUAUGUGUGCCUCAUGAAUGUGUAGCACCACGAUGGGCACACACACUACUGUAUAUGCUACCCUCUAAAUUAGCCUCACAGACGUCAGCCUGAAUCUCACGAGUUUGGUUUUUGCUUUGAGAUAUUAGUCUGCCAACCUUCACUGAGACAGAAUCUGUGUAGCAGGAACUGUGGUCACAUGGUGACGACAGAAGCUGCAUCACAAAGGUCAAAGGUCACAUGUAGUUCUCACCUGUGAUUGGUUUUAAAAAGAAUGCUGUUGUGGAAGUUGUGUCAAUAUUGAAUGAUGCCUGUAUUUAAAGAAAUAAAACCAUUUUAAACACACAA